ACACUCUAAUAAGGUCCUGAUACAGAUAAAUGUGUAAUUAAGGCUCGCAACGAAACGUUUCCACGAACACAGGCGUAAAAUCAAUUAGGUCCAUCGCUGAACAAUAUGAAGAACCGCUGUUUGAGAAUAUGGAAGCGGACAUGAUUAUUUGCUGAUUUCGGUAUCAGAAACAUAAAGUAGACUAUCAUUGGUUAAUGGUCCCAACUUGUGUCUAUACUUUCAACGGAUUGGUGGAAAUUAACUACGACACAUUAUUCGGCAAAUGUGUAUGAUUGCCAAGGAAUGGAUUUCAAUUGAUUUUUUAAAGUGUAAACUUAACAAUUUAUCAAAAAUGCGAUGUACAUGGACAAAAUGAUAAUACUAGAACUGCAAUUUUGUACAUCUUUAAAACUGUGAUAGUUUUACUUGCUACCUUUUUUGAUGUGAUGUGACAUAUCAGUUAUGAAGCUAGCAUUAGCCUUUUCUGGGUAUCUUUUUACACUUCUCACUCAUCUUAUGGAAUCAAGUGGACAAACAAACCUAGUUAAAAUAGGGUUCAUAAUUCAUCAGGACUAUGAGGACUCUACAAAGUUAUGGAGCGCAAUUCAAUACAAGAUGAGGAAAAUGGGAGAUUCGACAGACAGGUCCUGGGUUCAAAUACAAGCAUUAGAAGGGACCGAUAACAGUUUUGACACUGAGGACAUCGUUAAGCUUCAUCAAGAGGUUUGUAAAAAGGUUGCUGAAGGAGCACAAGCGCUGGUGUUUGUUGGAACAGCCAAGUCAACGGCGGAAAUGAACUCAAUAGCAGAAAGAAUCUCUGUCCCAGUCCUUAUGCCUUUGUCUACAAAAAAUUCCAAAACAACAAGCGAAUUUGUUGUUUCCUUAAAACCGUCCCUGAACAAGCCAAUCAUAGAAGUCAUCAAGAAGAAUGGCUGGAAUCGAGUCUUUUAUCUUUUCGACUCUGAGGAAGGUCUUCUACGUUUACAAUCAUUUCUCGAAGAAAUCGCUGAUAUGGAGUUUGGCAAUGACGUCAUCAUUGAGUCCCGGCGAAUAACUAACAUAUCUGAUAUUUACGAGUUAUUGCGUACGGUGGACAGACAGUACCUGAAUUGUUCUAGUCUUUACCCGUGCCCCUGCCCUAGACCAAUCAUCCUCGACCUAUCUACCCAGGCCGCUUUCAACGAAACUCGUAAGCAGAUUAUUGAUGUAGGAAUGAAUAGAGAGCUGUACCAUUAUAUUCUCGCAAACUUAGGUUCAGAUGAGUUGGAUCUCUCCUCCUUUAAGUUUGGUGGGAUGAAUGUUACUGGAUUUUCUAUCAAGGAUCCAACUUUCGAAAAAAAUAUACAGCCAGGCGACUGUUAUUCAUUUAGUGGCCUUUGUCCAAUUAAUCAUAAACAUACUUUGAUUAUGGACACACUGGAGUUUCUAAGUCAUGCUGUAAAUAGUCAGGGAUUUACACAAAAUAAUCACCAGUCUUUGCCACCCAGCAAUAGUUGUGAUGUUUCAGGUUUACAGAAAACAUAUGGAAGGAUUUUCCUACGUAUAAUCAAAGGCACAAAAGUGAAAAGUCCUACCAGCACUGGAACAGGAACAUUAGCGCUGGAUGGACACGGAAAGAGAAAGGAAUACAUGCUGGAAGUCAAAUUCUUUACUUUCAAUUCUUCAAAAUUCGAGAAGGUAGGAAUUUGGCAAGAAUCUGGAUUAUCGACGAAGCUGGAUUACUGUAAUCCGUCUAAAGACCCUAUACCCAGGGAUAACCAGACCUGGAUUAUUACAACAAUAGUCGGCGAACCUUUUGUACAAGAAUUAAAAUUGAAAGAGGGCAACCCAGUUGCACAACAGGGUGUAACCAUGAUCAACGGAAAAUUGUAUGAAGGCUUUUGUAUAGAGGUAGCAGAAAAAAUAAAGGAAAGAUAUGAACGACUGGAAGGGAAAGGCCCUGGGACUUUCAAUUAUAAAUUCAAGUUAGUUGAUGAUACAAAUUUUGGCAGCCCAGACAGGGACAAUGGGACAUGGAAUGGCAUGAUAGGCGAAUUAUUGACCGGGAAAGCUGACUUAGCUCUCGCUUCUUUGACAAUCACCAGAGACAGACAAAGAGUGGUUGACUUUACAAAACCAUUUAUGAAAAUUGGAAUCAGCAUUAUGAUAAAGAAGCCUGACAAACAAAAACCUGGCGUCUUUUCCUUCAUGGAACCCCUAGAUUCCAUGGUGUGGGUCUGUGUCAGUCUUGCUUUUACAGGCGUUAGUCUGGUUCUUUUCUUUGUUGGACGUUGGAGCCCGUACGAAUGGCGGGCUGAGGCGACAAGAAAAGAAAUCUCGGUGACAAACGCUUUCACUCUGUCUAAUACUUUGUGGUUUUCUUUGGGAGCACUGAUGCAGCAAGGUUCUGAUAUUUUCCCAAGGUCAAUUUCAGGUCGGAUUGUUGGUAGCGCUUGGUGGUUUUUCACUCUUAUCCUGAUUUCCUCGUAUACCGCUAACCUUGCCGCCUUUUUAACGAUAGAAAGGCUCAUUCCCCCAAUACGUGGUGUGGAGGAUCUCGUCAAGAGUAAAGAAGUGGAGUAUGGGACGUAUACUGGCGGGUCUACUGAAGCCUUCUUUGAGAUGUCCCAGGUACCUAUAUACAAUCAAAUGUAUGAAUAUAUGAAGGCCAAUGAGAAGAAAGUAAUGGUUAAAUCAGAUGAGGAGGGGUAUGCUAGAGUACGCCAAUCCAAAGGGGAUUACGCGUAUCUCGUGGAAUCGCCAAAAAACGAUUACCAGAACCAAAAGAAACCAUGCAACACCAUGAAAGUUGGAGAAAAUUUAGAUCAUAAAGGUUAUGGAAUAGCAACUGCACCAAACUCAGCUCUGAGAAAGGAUCUAAAUCUUGUCGUGUUGAUGCUAAGAGAAGAGGGUGAGCUACAUAAACUACAAAGAAAAUGGUGGUUUGAUAAAGGGGAGUGCGGUACAAUGGAUUCAACGGACACUUCGAAGAGAGCUCUUACUUUGAGCAACGUGUCUGGAAUAUUUCAUAUAUUAAUUGGAGGCCUUGUUCUUUCAAUGCUGGUUUCACUUGUGGAAUACUCCGUAAAUCGGCUACGUAAACUACACAAACUAAGAUUUCAGAAGCAAACAGAUGCUCCUAGACCUGCCAUUAAGAUUGAAAAGAAGAACCCACUGGAGGUACUAAAAGCAGCUGGUUACACUGGUAUCUGUGAUGAGGCAAACGCUUAUAUAUUCAAUCCCCCAGAGCAACUCACAACAUUUGAAAGCGGUAAAAACACAGAACUUUAAAGAAAAUAAAAAUCUCUGUUAUAAAAUAGUAGUAAAUAUAUUAAUCAUUUUUCGGAUGACUUUAUGAUUUCAAUGUAGAUUUAUAUUUAUAGAGUGUAGAUAAGUAACUCAUCAAAUACUAGUAUCAUUGUCCGUUUCAUUUCAUAGAAUACAUGUGUAUAUUUGUACAAUUCACAUACAAAAAGGCUGAAUAUAUAUGUACGCCUUCUCUAAGUAUUACUAUUCAUUUUGUUUUUAACUGAAAUAUUAUCAGUUAUAUUUUAUAUAUGCCUAAAUAAACACUUACUCUACUGUAUGUUCAUGCUUUCAUAAUGUCAUUUGUAUACAUCCUUCUGUAAAUUUUUACACUGUUGUUUGUUGAACAUAUUUGUACAUGUAGAUAAACUUUAGAGAAAAUCUAUUGCUUUGAAUAGAAUGAGAAUGUAUUAUAUGUUUGCAUUAUAUUUAAGUGGCAGUUAUUUUCAAAAAGAAGAAAACCAGUCAUCAAUUAGAAUAUCAGAUGCAUUUAUCGAAUCAUGUUUGCAGCCAAUUAAUUUCGAGGUAUCUGAUUUUGACGUUGCCAUUAAUAGUAUAUAUAUUUACUUAGCAUUUUUCAGCACUUAGAGCAGACCGUAUUUUAUUUCGAUCACCACUGUCUAUAAUCAGAGAUCUAAGUACUCCAUCAUGAUGUCAUCGCUAAGACAAGCGUUUAUCCACUGAUGAAUUCGCCGUUCUUGUUUUAUUGCUUUGAUGGAUCACCAUUAAAGGCCGAAUCUGUAUUUUGCUUUUUUUCCACUGAUCGCUGAUUACUUUUGUUUGACUGAUGUAGUUGACAGAUUCAAUAAACUGGUCAAUAUGUUC